UGCGGAAGCAAACAGAGGAUCAGUGUGAGCUGUCAGGAGGAGGGAGAGGAGGAAGAGGAGGAAGAGGAGGAGGGAUCAGUGAAGAUGAAGUUAUUAUAACUGUGUGUGUAGGAGAAGAUGGACUCUAACACUGUGCUGGUGACUGGAGGCUCCGGAUUCAUCGGUUCCCAUCUUGUGUGUUCACUGGUCGACAGACACCCUGACUGGAGAAUUAUUAACCUGGAUAAUUUGGAUUACUGCUGCAGCCCCAGGAGUCUGGAGAGCAUUGAAGACAGAGCAAACUACACCUUCAUCACAGGAGAUGUGUGUAACUCGAGGUUGGUCGACCACAUUUUCAACACGGAGAACAUCGAUGUGGUUUUCCACCUGGCGGCACAAACACAUGUCGAGUCGUCGUUUGAAUCUCCUUCCACUUUCCAGCGGGUGAACGUCGACGGCACCAGGGUUUUACUGGCAGCUGCACAUCAGGCCAGACACCGGCCUCAGCGCUUCAUCUACGUCAGCACAGAUGAGGUGUACGGAGCUGGGCUGGACGAGGUGUUUGAUGAGAGCAGCCCGGUGAGGCCGUCCAACCCGUACUCUGUGACAAAAGCAUCCGCAGAGUUCCUGGUCAGAUCCUACUGGGAUAAAUACAAGUUUCCAAUCAUCAUCACCAGGAGCAACAACAUCUAUGGGCCCCGGCAGUUUACUGAGAAGGUCAUUCCAAGGUUUCUCACCCUGUUGCGAAUGAACAAGAAAUGCACCAUCCAGGGAACUCUCCCUAAAUCUCGCCAUUUCCUGUUCAUCGACGACGCCAUCAGUGCCUUCCUGCUGGUCCUGGAGAAAGGGAUUGUGGGCGAAAUCUACAACAUGGGGACAAGCUGCGAGAUUCCCAUCAUGCAACUGGCUCGGCAGCUUAUAAGGAUGAUGAAGAAUGUUCCGGACCUCGAGGUGAACGAUUGGCUCGACUUUGUGCCGGACAGGCCGCAGGUCGACCUGCGCUACCCAAUCACAAGUGAGAAGCUGCAGCAGCUGGGCUGGAGGGCCGAGGUGUCCUGGGCUGAGGGCAUCAGACAAACUGUGAAAUGGUACCAGGACCACCCAGAUUUCUGGUCAGACGCCGGCGAGGACCGAAGACAAAUCAGAGGCAACCUGGCGCUUUGACUGACGGGUCGAAGACUGAACGGAGUCACCAGGCAGCAAUGUUAUUUUUUUAAAUUUCACAUAUUUGUGUGGCACAAAUUGUAUUAUGGCUGAUUUACAGCUCAAAUAACAACUGCUGCUUCAUUAGCCUCAGUAUUAUGUCUGAAUGAUUGUUGGACCAACUGAGGUGCAGAGCCUCUUUUUAACCAAAGCUUCAACUGGAAAUGGAUGCACUUUAUCGCUAUUAAUUACAGAGUCAGCUGAUGUUGUCUAGCAGACCUGAAGGUACGUAGAAACCUGAAAGCUCCUCAUCGUGCUCUCGAAUAUCUCAGAAUUUGAUCGCCGUCUCGACAGCAUUGUUCGUUUUUGUGUUUCCCUGAGGGCGAAUCUCUCGCUGUCACGUCUCAAGCUGCAGCUCCACAUUUGUGUCCAACCCUAGAUUUAUUUUGACAGCGUUGAUGAACUUUCAGGAGCUUCAGGAACUUUCAACAAAUAUUUCAAAAUGUUUUCUUUAAAUCCUCUUUGUACAUUUCAAAUCAGCAGGUAGCUUGAUAAUCCAGUGACCAAUUAUUGUUGUGGCGCAAAGAGGGAAGACAUUAGGUAAUUUGUGUUUAACGAACGCUGCCAUCUUGCACAUUUGGAGUGAGAGUCUGUGCAGGAGCGAUUGUGGUGUGGCGCCGCAGCCUCAUAAUAAAAAGGUUGAGAAGUGAACCACAGCUAAUUUAAAGUCCUUUAUCUCAGUCAGGUGUUGCUCUUGACGUUUUUUCACAUGAUGCUGAAGAUGAUUUUUAACCAGAAAUAAACUUGAGAUUUUAUGA